CCAGGGGAACAUUUGUACAUGUAUCUUGCAGUGGCCGAUCUUGCCGUUAGCUCAGUACUAUUGAAGGAGACUGAUGGAGUUCAGCGACCAAUCUAUUUUGUCAGCAAGGCUCUGAACGGCCCCGAAACAAGGUACACCCUGAUGAAGAAAACUAUUCUGGCCUUGAUAGCUGCUAUCAAACGCCUGGCACCGUACUUUCAAGCCCAUCCAGUUACGGUCUUCACCACUCAGCCGCUUGCUACCAUCUUGAGGAAUCCAAUGGCCAGUGGCCGCAUAACCAAAUGGUCCCUCUUGAUGGGCAAUAUGAUGUGGAAUUCAAGCCUCGGCCAAACAUCCAGGGUCAGACAUUGGCGGAUUUCAU